UGGUUGGACCCGGGAGAAGCUUCGGGAGCUCCACGCGUGGCAAAUCUGCAGUUAGUAUGGACCCUUUCGGCUUGCAGGGCAACCUUUCAGGGAAGAGAAAAUCCAGAGCAUUCCGUAAUACUAGGCUAAUCCCUAUGGAAACGUCUUCAUCCUCUGAUGAUAGCUGUGACAGUUUUGGCUCUGAUAAUUUUGCAAACACGAAAGCAACUUUCAAGCCAGAAGUUGCAGAAGAAAUGGCUAAAAUAUUUUACGAGGAUUCAGAUGAAGAAUCUUUCUGUGGCUUUUCAGAAAGUGAGAUUCAAGAUGUGCUGAAACUGGGGACAGAUUCUGAAGAAGAAGCAGAGAAAUGUUCACGUAAAUGGCCUAAGAAAAGUGCUGCUCCCCUUAAAGUUGCUCUGAAGUUCCCACCACGAAGGUCUAAGAGGGGAAAGAGUAAUACAGUUCCAGCUUCACAGCCUUCCUGUAAAUUGGACUCCGAGGCAGAAUCUGAUGAAGAAAGUGGACCCAAAUUCUUGGAGAGAAGAGCUUUAAAUAUAAAGGAGAACAAAGCCAUGCUUGCAAAGCUAAUGGAAGAAUUAAAAAGUGUGUCUGGAAUUUUUACUAAAAGAGGCCCACUCGCAACUCCUACUCUGAAAGCCCAGCGUAGUCCAAGGAAAUCAGUUCCCAGAAGUGCUCCCAGGAGGAAUCCAGAAAGACGUUCUAGACCUCACACAAGGUCCAGAUCCCUAAUUGAAGGCCCUCCAAAUUCCAUGUCUAUGGAGGAAGAGGAGGAGGAUCCCUACGUGUUAGUGAGAAGGAAAAUGUCUGAUGAUUUUUCUGAGGAUGAAAGGGACACCCCCAGAAGGAAGCGCACUAGUGCUAUGACCCUUCCCCAUAUCAUCCGUCCAGUGGAAGAAAUAACCGAGGAAGAGUUGGAUAAUAUUUGUGAAACUGUGAAAGAGAAAGUCUACAACCGUGCAACGGUAAGUUCACAUGUUCUGCAUUCAGCCCUUUGGUUUGCUUUGUCCAAAUUAUGUUACAGGGUUCUACCUGUCACCAGUGUCGUCAGAAAACGACAGAUACUAAGACAAAUUGCAGGAACCCAGAGUGUCUUGGAGUACGUGGCCAAUUCUGUGGGCCUUGUCUUCGUAAUCGUUACGGAGAAGAAGUCAGGGCUGCCUUGCUGGAUCCAAACUGGUACUGCCCACCUUGCCGUGGGAUCUGCAAUUGUAGCUUCUGCCGGCAGCGGGAAGGAAGAUGUGCUACUGGUGUCUUGGUUUACUUAGCCAAAUAUCAUGGAUAUGAUAAUGUCCAUGCUUACUUGAAAAGUCUGAAACAAGAACUUGAAAUGCAAGAGUGAACUUCUGAAGCAAUUCCAGAACAAUCUUCAGCGCAUAUGCUAAGAUUUGCCUGAUUUGAGAAUUCAUUUUUAUUAAUGGUUGGCAUCUUUUAAAAAGGGGAACAAAAAUUGUGACUUUUGACUGAAGCUCAAAGUUGCAGGAUAGUGGUUUGUCAUGCCGUUAAAUCAAAGCUUUCUUAGUCCUGUUUCAUGAUGAAUGCUACUGGAUCUUAAUUAGCAGAGGUCUCAUUCAACCCAUUGGGUAGCAGCGGCUUCAUACAAAAGCUAUAACCAACCAAAAGCAGUACUUGCCAUAAAUUCUCCUGAAUCUUACCACGUGAGAUUUUCUGGUGUCCGUUUGCAUAGGUACUUUCCCCAUGCAACUCUGAGUUUAUGUUCAUGUUGGAACUGCCGCUGUCACAUUAUCACUAUUGUUAAUGUUAGCUGAGUCCAAUUUUUGUUUUCCCUUUGUUGGAAAGAAAGUCUUUGGGGGGGCAUUCAUUGUAUCUACAUUUGCAGUUAUCGUGUAUAGUAGAUUCAGUAAUGAAUCAAAUGCUAGCUUUUAAAGCUACUGUAAAUAGCAGCCGUAAUUAUCUAAUUACAAAGCAACUUAAAUUCUUGAUAACUUUUUUUUUUGAAAGAAGCAAUGAUAAAGAACUCAAUACUUAGGUUCAAAAUUCUGAUAGUAAUUGAAAUGGUUUCGAUCAAUAAGUGUGAAGUGAACUUGAUCAGUCAUGCUUAGGACCAUGUUUUGUUGUGUUUAAAAUAGUACUUACAAUGAAAGCUUGACUAAAAGGGAUUUGAGAAAAUUCAGACUUUUGAAAAAUUAAUAAAUCAUUUGAUCCUAAAGCUUAUUGUCCCUGAGAUCUUGAUAAGGGAUAUUUAAAAGGAACCAUUAGAGUUUGGGAAGGCAGUUUCAUUAGGAUUGCAAAAAUCCAAAAAUAAUUAGCUGGAAGUAAGUUGUUAAAGCAAAUUGUCUCUUUGCCGUUAAUCUAGAUGUUUGCAGAUGGGUUCAAGUAAUUCUAAAUUGUGUUAUUGACCGAAUAAUAUUACUCGCCUAAUACAAAAGCAUCAUGCCUUAUAUUUUCUCAAAAAUUGUGUGUUGUAUAUAGAGAUUAACAACUCUUCCAUUAUAGUUUAUGCUGGAGCCAAUCUUGCGUGAUCUGCAUAUUGGAUUGUAAAUGCUAGGUUUUCAGGCGGUAAUUUGAUAAACUCUGUGCUUGUCUAAAGAAGUGACUGUGAACAAUACAGUUUCAUGGGUUGUAAUGUAGAUAGGAUCCUAAUUGGUGAUAUCUCAAACUGUGUUGGUUAAUAGGGCAUGGACCUUGUCCAUCAAAAACAGGUGGAGGGUUGUGGCUUUCAUUUAUUAACUGGUAGUGUAUCUGCUUAAAUGCUGUGCUAACUGGAUAAAAGGCUACGCAUCCAAAAUGCAUUGGCUAUAAAAUUCAUCAGUGUUGAAUAAACUGCAAGAGGGAAAGUGAACAGAUCUCUUGAGUUGCAGAGACCCUUUAAGAAGGAAUCACUUUUACUCAUACUCGUUACCAUUUGUAAGCAGUUCAAUACAAUAUAAAAUCUAAAUGGAAUUAAGAAUAUCAUCUCUCUCACAAAAAGUUUAGAUUUAAUUUUCAUAGUGCAUACUUCGGGGGGAAGGGGGGAAUCAUUGGCUGUUUUGCUUUGCCUCUAAAAUCGUGGUUCUGUUUUUCUGUAUUUUGUGAACAGGUGUUAAUGGUUGGACACAUGUGGCUAUUAUUUUCUACAUUCGUUUAAAUACAGCAAAAGACAGUAACUCUACUCAAGUAUUUUCCCUAGAGUAGUUCGAACAAUACUGUAACCUGAUACUUUUUAUGUAUGAAAUGUAAUUUUGAUAUUAAAGUUUGCUUAGCAGUGGGCUGAAAA